AUAUAUGCAACGGGCUUCUUACAGAUUCUGUGUACCAGAUCCACUCACAAGGCUUUGGUCGGUCCGGUCCAAGAUGCCAUGCAGUGUAACUGAACCGAGAACCAGAUGGUUGAGAAGCAAGUUUCUUGUAACACAGCGACGCUAGCACCUAUGUUCAAUUAUUCAGUUUUUCUUUAAUUUUCCGUUGCCAUUUUUUUAAUAAAUUUAAUAUCCAAUACAUUACGACUACCAAGUGAAGUAUUUUUCUCUGUCAAUAUAUUUCGACUUCCGCGAAUCUAAAGAGCUUGUUUGCAAAGCCUGAGUGAAAAUCAGUUUUUUUCACGUUCAUAAACAGGACUCACACACACAUUCAUAUAUACACUGCUUAAACUAUAAUAUCCGUUUUGGAUUAUCCUGUCGGAAAAUUAUUUUUGUAAGUCACUCCUGUAAACUAACACCGAAGUUGCUAUGUCAGGUGAAACGUCAACUGCUAAGAAUAAUACCUGUUUACAUAUUGGGAUAUGUUCCCGUUUUUCGACUUUUCAACUGAAUCAAAUAGAUCUGGACUUUACUGGCAAAUAUGAAAUUAUUAGUUUAUUUUAAAGACGAACAAUUGUAAAUUAUCCCACUUUCUUACUUCGCUAUACAUGUACAUGCUUAAAAAUGAUCAGAUCUUGAUUGAAAAACAGUAAAUAGGUUAUUGAAUAGCAAUGCGGGUAUACUGGAGAGGAGUGGUUAUAGGGUCACGCAUUGUGUUUGUCACGUCAACAGGGUGGGCUUCGGGCAGAUUAAAACUUUUUUCAAUCGCGCUCUUAAACUUUUGCAAACAGUGGACUCAGUCAAAUAGUUUUGUAUGAGGAAAAAAAAACCUGUUUUCUUAAGGCAAAUGUGUUGUGGAAAAACUAGUUUGUUUUUAUUCGUGUAUAUAGGACCUCAAGAAACAUUCCCUUUCGAAAAUUUUAAGCAGGAAAUCAUGCAUACUUUAUUUUUCCGAAAUUGAUUAUAUCAUUUCAAAAAUAUUUUUCUUAACAUUUUUAUGUACAAAGAAUUUUCUAAUUCUCUGCGUGAAGUUACUUAUAGCAAUUUCCGAAUUUUACUGCUAUCCGCCUGCAGAACUUAAAGAACUUUUGCCAAGUCUUGGUUUGUUUCUUGUCAAACGAUUCUACUCAAAUGACGCUGAAUUAAGCAUGCCACUAGUGACUGGCAUCAUACUAAUCUGCCUACAAUGGAGUUUCUAUGUGAUGCCCUGUUCUGCCAGACCACUAAUUUUCAGCAAACGAACAAUUUCUUCUGUCAUAUCACUCACAGACUAUGAAGAGACAUUGCUAUGGGCAGUGAAGCUUCGAAAACCUUACUGGGGUUUUGUCUCAAAUUUUAGUGAUGCUUUUAAACAGUUAACCAAUGACAUAUCUCUGGUGCUGCUUCACCAAAUAGGUGACAUAGAUGCUCAUUACCUAUUUGCCUAUCAACCUCCAGAACAUGAAGGUGCUGUGAAUUAUUCUGUAGGCUUCUUUCAUAAAAAGCAUUUGGAUUUGCAUAAGGAUCUCUUCAGAAAGACUCAGGAAAUAGUUGAAUUAAAACUAGACAAACAUCAACAUGUUGAAUCAUACAGCCGAGAAAUAAUUCGUAAAAGGCAUAAACGGUGGGCAGUUAGAUUUUCAGAUAAAGAAUUUCCGAAUCAAUGGCACUUGAAUAACCCCAAGACACCAGGGAUGGAUAUUGAUGUUAUGCGUGUUUGGAAGCACAAUGUUACUGGUAAAGACAUUGUUGUGGCUGUUGUUGAUGAUGGAGUGGAGUGGACUAACCCUGAUCUUGAGAAAAAUUAUUGUGCUAAAGGAAGCUGGGAUUUAAAUGAUAAUGAUCCUGAUCCAAUGCCUAGUGCCAGUUCAGAUACUAAUCAUCAUGGCACACGUUGUGCUGGAGAAAUUGCUGCCGUCCCUAAUAAAGUUUGUGCAGUUGGUGUAGCAUAUGGUGCUAAAGUUUCAGGAUUGCGGGUACUAGAUGGUCCCCUUACAGAUGGUCUGGAAGCAACAGCAUUUAACAAAAAUAUGCAAAUUAAUGACAUAUACAGCUGCAGUUGGGGCCCUGAUGAUGAUGGAAUGACUGUCGAUGGUCCUCAUACUCUAGCUUUGCAAGCUAUGAAACAUGGUAUCAAUUAUGGCCGUAAUGGUUAUGGAACUAUUUAUGUGGUUGCCAGUGGUAAUGGUGGUAGCAAUUUCGACAAUUGUAAUUAUGAUGGAUAUGCAAAUUCAAUUUAUACUGUGACUAUAGGUGCUGUUGAUGAAUAUGGUCAGAUGCCCUAUUAUGCUGAAAAAUGUGCUGCCAUGCUAGCUGUGACCUUUAGCAGUGGUGGAAGUAAUGCCCGUUCUAUUGUGACCACUGACUGGUCGAAAAACACAGGGGAUGGCUGCACAUCUGAUCAUACAGGAACAAGUGCUGCAGCACCAAUUGCAGCUGGGAUGAUUGCGUUAUUAUUGGAAGUGCAGCCCUGCCUUACAUGGAGAGAUGUUCAGCACUUGAUUAUAUUAUCAGCAGUUUCAGUCGAUACUAAUGCCAAAUGGACACUGAAUGCAGCUGGCUUGAAACAUAGCCAUCAACAUGGAUUUGGUUUGAUGAAAGCAUGGCAUCUGGUCAAUGCAGCCAAGGUUUGGAAGAUUGUUCCAUGGCUUACUGAGUAUGAAACUGAAAUUAUAACACUUAACAAAGUAAUACCUAAAGAAAACUGGUCUGUGUCAACUUAUGAAGUAACUGAGAAAGACCUACAAGGAUAUGUACUGAAUGUUCUUGAACAUGUAUUAGUUACAGUUAAUGUAACUCACUAUUUUCGUGGUCAGUUAGAUAUCCGACUACUGUGUCCAAGUGGUACUAAUUCAAUGAUUGCUCCACCUAGAGCAAGUGACAAGUCUGACAGAGGUUUAAAAGGCUGGUGGUUUAGUACUGUUAGAUGCUGGGGUGAAUCUCCGAUUGGAACUUGGAAGCUUCUUAUAAAAGAUAUCAAUAUAUCUGACAAACAAUUUGGCAUAAUUAACUACUGGAAGCUCAAGUUGUAUGGUUCUCCAAUGAUGCCAGAGGAAUUUCGAAAUCGUCGAAAGGAGGUUUUAUCAGCCAUAUCAAAUUCAGUAAUACAGAAUGAUAAAUCUGUACUUUGCCAAACUCUUCCAAAAUAUGGCAAAGAUAUCAAUCCAAUUUCCGAAAGAGUUCUUAAGAUUUUGGCUGCAACUAAUAUAUUCUUGGUCUUCCUAACAUUAUACCAAAUGUUUGAAUACAUUGUAUGUUAUAAGGAUGAAAAGAAAGAACAAAAAGAAAUAUUGCAACAGCAAAUGCAGGCGCAUCGAAUUCAGCAAUAUGCUACUGCUGGCAAUGAUGGUAUAGUGGAAUCAGAACGGUUGCUUCAGGAUCAGGACAGUAGGAGCUCGCCAGCAGCUUUUGAUUCCUCUGAAAACAUUAAAAAUAUGUCAGAAAAUGUAUCUUCAGAGCAGUUACAGUUAAACAGUCACUUUGAAAGCUAUGAGUUAACUAAUUCUCAAAUGCAGGAUAAUGUUGACAGUGAAAAUGAUUCUAUUGAAAUACAGGAAUCUUCUUUAAUGACAGAGACAUUUUGAACAAGAGCAUUCUUCUAGAAAAUUUCUCAGGUUUACAAUGCAACACUUUUGGUAUAUAACCCAUGCAAGCAUGGAAAAACGUACAUGUUAAUAAUGAGGAUCAUGAUGAAAUAAUGCCAAAUUGCAAAACAAUUUUUGUAAUGAUGUGUCUGUGAUAUUCAUUUUCAAGAAAUUAUGAACUAAACACAAAUUUUACUAACACAUCUAUUUUAUAAUUCAUAGUUAAGAUAUUUUUAUAUAAAUAAUAGUAAUCAAUAUAUUGUUUAUAAAUAUAUUCCAAAACACACAUAUAUUAGAAGGCUUGAGUGUGAAAGGAAUAUUUAGAAUUUAAACACAUUCUUCAGAGAAGACAUACCAAGUUUCCAUCACUAAUCAAUUGCAUAGAAUACCCCUUUGUUAUAUAAUGCAGUCAUAUAUUUGUCAAAAAUUAAGCUAUCUACUGUUGGAAUUGCUUAAGUUGUAUAUUUGUACAUUUGUCAGCUUGUCAGUAAUUAGACAAUAUAUAUUUUACACACAACACAGUGCAAAUCAGAAGGAGUAAAAUAAAUUUGCAUGUUAGAAAGUCAGGCUUUGAGAGAAAUAUUUAGACUAUAAGAAUUCUGUAAAAAGCAGUCAUCAAGGGAUGGAACACUUCACAGUUUCUCCACAUCGAAUGCUUAGAAUGUAUUUACAUUUUAAAUAUUUCUUUCACAGCCAGGUUUUCUAAUAUUCAAAUUAUUUCACUCUUUCCUAUUUGUGGUGCAUUGUGCUUAACUAAUGAUGAGCAACCAAAAGCAAAAUUAUGCAAAUUAAGCUAUGCACAAUAGUGAUAUCCCUAAUAUAUGCCUGCAUUCUAUAGGAGGUGAAUAUUCUAUGCUAAUGAUUCAGGAAGAAAACUGGGUAUGUCUUGUCAAAGGAGAAUUCAACAAACCAUGAAACAGUCCAUCAAGAGAUCCCACUAUCUUAUUUCUGCAUAUCGAGACCAUACAAAGAAUGUUUACAUUUUAAAUAUUUCUCUCAUGCCCAUCCUUUCUAAUAUUUAAA